AUGGGUAUUGAAGCAAAAGAUUUUACUCUUGAUGUCGACUUACUUGCAUUCAGUGGUAUUGUAUUUAGUCCUGAACAACGUGCCUCACUACAAACAUCGCUUAUUCUUCUUAAAGAUCAAUAUAAAUUUAAAACAAUUCAUUUAUGGGGAAAAAUUUUAGGUAUCACAGAAGAUUAUUUUAUCAUACAAGGUCGACAAAAAGAUGAGCUUAAAGAACGACAAUUUCUCUACAGCAAAGAUUGUAUUAAUUGGAAUAUGUUAACACCAGCAGAUGAUGAAGCAAAAGAAUUAACAUUAUUAUGUUCAGGACGUUUUACUGGUGAUCCAUCACAUGAAUUUGAAGUAACAAAAUAUAGUAUAACAAAUGAAAAUACUGAAGAAGAAAAUGUUGAAGAAAAUAAAUCACAAUUACGUGAAGAAGAUCGAUUAGCUGCUACAUUAUGGAAAAUUGAACAAGAUGCUUUAAUUAUUCCACGUGGCUCAUAUGUUCUUCAACCAAAUGGUGAUGUUGAACGAAAUCGUACUUUUGAAGGAUUAACAGUAGCAGAAAGUGGUAAAUUACCAAAUUAUUUUCAUUUUCGUGAACCAAUUCAUCUUCAACAAAAAAGUCUUAUACAUCGUUCAGCUCUUGAUAAAAGUCUUCAUUUUCUUGAUACAAUCGAUGAAGAUAUUCCAAAAGGUUGGAGUGUACAAUAUGAACGUGGUAGUGGAUUAGUUCAGAUUCGUAGUCUGAAAUGGCUUGGCAUGGCAUUCUUUCAUGUACCAGAAACAAAUCGUUUUGGUUCACUCUAUUGUGGUGUUGGUGAAGAAAACAAAGAUUUACCAUUUAUGAUUUGA